UUGAACUUGAGACUUCUGGUGAUAUUGUUAAUAAAAAGGAGCGCCCGUUAGUUAGUGGGAGUCUUCUUUAACUUUAAUGGGCGGUAAACUAGUACCUAAAGAGUUGAGCAUGGUUUAGUGGACACGCAGAGACCUAAGAGUAACAACUAACCAAUUAUUUUUAUAAUAUUCACGUGAAUACUGCUAUGGAUAUUUUCAGAAAUACGUAAAAAGUGUUGUUACUCGCGAUAGUUGUUCAGCUAUUGAAGAUUCUUGAUGUACACAAGAAAUGAAAAAAUGAUUCAAUUUGAUGAUGAAAUAUGCCAUCGAUUGGGACUGCUCACUAAGACAGAAAUAAAAUAUUCAGAUCAAAAUAAUAAUAACCAAUACAUACAAAAACAUCAUACAUCCGAAAAAUAUUUACUGAGGCCCCGAAUAUUCCUAAGAAAGCAUAACUCUAAUUCUGAAGACGAGGAAAGAGAUUAUGAAAGAAACAAGAAACUUAAACGAAAAGCCGCACCUUUAAGCAAAUACCGUCGAAGAAACGCUAAUGCUAGAGAAAGAACAAGGAUGAAGGAAAUAAAUAGAGCAUUUGAAACAUUGCGAAAAGUGGUACCACAAAUGGCAUACCAACACCAACAAAAUGAAAAGUUAACUAAAAUAACUACGUUGAGAUUGGCCAUGAAAUACAUUUCAACGCUGUCAGAAGUAUUAUCUAAUCAAAAAAGUCUAUCAGAUACCAACGAUUUUGAGAGAUUUUCAUUGGAAUCAGAUGAAGAAUCUUCAAUUUUUAAAAGUGACACAUCGGAUCAUUCAAUUUUGUCAACAGGCUACACUGUCGAGUUUGGUAAUGAAUCGUUCGAUCAGAUUGAUUUAAAUUCACUUUCAUGUGAUACUUCCCAUCAAUUAACGCAAUUUGAUUCAUUAUUAUUUGAUACUUUUUAAUAAUGACUGGAUCAUAAUUAAGAAGCAAAUUGUGAUGUGGUGAUGUAGAUAUUCCCGAGUUCCAAAAAUAACGACCCAUAUUUCAUAUUUUAUUCUUUGUUUAUUGAUGAAAAAUAUGUAAUACAUUCUAUUGAUUAUAUAAUAAUCUGACACAAUAAAAUAAUUUGAUUGUAAACUGGUACAAUAAUCAUUUUAAACUAUCAAUAUAAGUACUGGGAUUAUUACUAUAAUUUGACCACACCGUUAAUUUCAUAACAAAUAGAUAAGAAUAAAAGAUGAAGUACAAAAUAUGAAAAUGAGUACGGAAGACGGAGUUUUUCGAAAAAAAUUCAGACACAGAGACGGAAAUGUAACAAGUAGAGAAGAUUUGGAGUAUGAACGGAAAGUAUACGAUAUUAGGAAGGCAACAGCGGAAAUCAUGGAAGAGAAAAAGCGAUAAGGAAAAUUGAAAUCUGAAACGCUUAUAGAGGUGGCAAUAAAGAAGCAGAAAUGAUAAAAUAUUUAGGGCAAAGCUUCAUAGAUAUUUUAUUUAGCAUGUAAUAUAAGUAAAAUACCAUUAGACUGGGAAAAAAAAACAAAUAAUACAUAAUAGAAGACAUUACCUGAUGUGUAAAAACGACGGACCCAAUAUGCUUAUCAUCAGUUGGUUUGAAAGGAUAUGAGAAUCAUAGAGACACAGAUAAGGAUACACAUUGAUAAGGAGAUGGAGUAGAAGCAAAGUGAAUAUAAAGUAGGAAAACGAACGAUAACAGAACAGAACAGGGGAGGAACAUUGAUCUAUUUGAAAGCUGCGUUGGAAUCAACAAAGAGAACAAUGGUAUGGAAGAGUUUGAGCAACAUAGAAAUCCCUGUAAAAAUGUUAUAAAUAAAUGUUAUGAAAACGUUGAAGGGUUCAAAUAGACGAAACAAUAGAGUUUAGUCUGGAGAUGGGGGUAGAAUAAGCAGACAGCGUUAGUC